AUGGCUCAAAUUGUGAGACAGAGUAAAUUUCGGCAUGUAUUCUGUAAACCAGUCAAACAUGAAAGUUGUAUGUCUGAUAUUAGGGUAACAGAAAUCACUUGGGACUCUCUGUUCUGCGAUGUCAAUCCCAAAUUCAUCGCAUUCAUCAAUCGCGGUGCCGGUGGUCCAUUCAUGGUUAUUCCAGUCAAUAAGAUUGGCCGUAUUGACAAGGACUACCCAUUUGUUGAUGCUCACAAAGCGCCGUGCCUUGAAGUUGCAUGGAGUCCUUUCAAUGACAAUGUGAUUGCGUCGUGUUCCGAAGAUACAACUUGUAAAGUCUGGGUGAUUCCGGAUCGAGGAUUGAGCAGAAAUCUCUCGGAGCCAGCUGUUGAGUUGACCGGACAUCAGAAGAGAGUUAACACCAUUGCAUGGCAUCCGGUCGCCAAUAAUGUUCUUCUUACUGCUGGUAAUUUAUGGGGACUGGACAUUUUUCUUAGGAAGAAACCGCUGAAAAAUUGUAAACUAUAA